CUACAUGAAAAAGGAUUUUAUAUCAACAGAUAUUCCAACAAUAUCUGAACUACAAUACUAAUUUAUAGUAUUAUAGUUAAACUACAACUCAAACUUAUUAUGUUAAAUCCGUCUCCUCUUUGGUCUCUGCUUCUUCUCUAUAUAUACAUACAUUAUACAUACAUACAUACCACCACACACAUCUUCUUCACAUACAUUCUCUCUCUCAAAUCUACAACACCAUGGCACCACAAAUCGCGGCGGCAAACAACGGCGGCGGCGGCGGUGAUUUCCCGGCCAAACUCACCGGACAGGUCGUCCUUUGUUCAAUCAUCGCAGCCUUCGGCGGCCUCAUGUUCGGCUACGACAUCGGCAUAUCCGGGGGAGUGACGUCGAUGGACGAUUUCCUGUUGAAAUUCUUCCGGAGUGUGUACGAGAAGAAGCACAGAGCGAGAGAGAACAACUACUGCAAAUACGAUAACCAGUUGCUCCAGCUCUUCACCUCGUCGUUGUAUCUCUCGGCGGUGUUGUGCAGCUGGAUCGCCUCAAUGUGUUGCAAGAAGUUCGGCCGCAAGCGCACCAUGCAGAUGGCCGCUGCUUUCUUCUUCGUCGGCGUCGUACUCAACGCCGCUGCCGCCAACAUUUACAUGCUCAUCGUCGGUAGGGUUCUUUUGGGUGCCGGCGUUGGAUUCGGAAACCAGGCGGUGCCGCUCUUCAUAUCGGAAAUCGCUCCGGCAAAGUACCGAGGAGGACUCAACGUGUGCUUCCAGCUCAUGAUCACGAUCGGAAUCCUAAUCGCAAACCUAGUCAACUACUUCACCGCGAGCUUGCACCCCUACGGUUGGAGGAUCUCUCUAGGGUUAGCCGCGAUUCCCGCCAUAUUCCUCGGCGUGGGUUCCAUCUUCAUAGUCGAAACCCCCACGAGCCUCAUCGAGCGGGGACACAAGGAGGACGGCAUGCGGGCCCUCAAGAUCACGCGCGGCGUCGACGACGUGGCGAGGGAGUUCGAAGAGAUUGUGGGGGCCACGGAGGCGGCCGCCAAGAUCGAGACGCCUUUCAGAAACCUGAGGAAGAAGUCGAGCUUCCCGCAGGUGUUUUGCGCGAUGGUCUUGCAGGUGUUCCAGCAGUUGACCGGGAUUAACGUCAUCAUGUUUUACGCGCCGGUGCUCUUUCAGACGAUGGGCCUCGGCGCGGACGCUUCGUUGCUGUCAGCUGUGCUCACCGGCGGCAUUAACGUUGCCGCCACUUUCGUUGCGGUCUUUGGCGUCGAUAAGUUUGGGAGGAGGAAGUUGCUUAUUCAAGCUGCUGUCCAGAUGCUUAUUGCUCAGGUUGUUGUGGGAUCGAUCCUCGCGCAUUAUUUGAAGGCGACGAAUGUAAUACCGAAGCCGUUGGCAUACCUGGUGUUGUGCUUCAUCUGCGUGUUCGUCAUGGGGUUCGCGUGGUCGUGGGGCCCGCUGGGGUGGUUGAUUCCGAGCGAGAUAUUCCCGCUCGAGACACGAACGGCUGGAUUCUUCGUGGCCGUGAGCACGAACAUGAUAUUCACAUUCCUCAUUGCUCAAGUUUUCCUAACAAUGCUGUGCCAAAUGAGAGCCGCAAUAUUCUUCUUCUUCGCCUUUUGGAUUGUGUUAAUGGGCAGCUUCGCCGUGUUCUUGCUGCCGGAGACUAAGGGGAUCCCGAUCGACGAAAUGAACGAGCGUGUUUGGAAGAAGCAUUGGUUUUGGCAUAGGUUCUUCGAUUCUGACCGUGUUAACGGUGUAGAUCAAGCUUGAGUGCCAAACAGUACCUUAGAUUUUUAGUUUAGAUUAUUAGGGUU